CAAGUCUUCGUUAUAAUAAAUAUGGCGGCGAGAAAUUCACACGAUGAUGGUGGAUCACUGUCGAACAUUUUAACAGCGACAUGGUUUCUUGGAUUCUCAUAAAACUAAGGAUUCUGUGUCUCAAAUAACUAACGAAGAUAUAUAUGCUAUGAUUUUACCUUUUGAGUGUCAAGUACGUUUUUUUUCCGGGAAGAACACAAAACUUGCCAUUACAAAUUAGUGUCUUCUUUGAGAAGAGCACAGGAGACAGUACUGAAGGGUUAGAGCGAUUCUCUCACAACUGAAAAAGUGUAUUUGUAUCAGUUAGUUACAAUCAUGAGAGAUAAUCCGUUCCUGGAUGAGAUUCUUUCUGCUGUGUGGUCACAAGACACUCAGAAACGUCUUCGCGCAGCCGAGGACCUGUCCAACUACCUGAACGACCCGAGCAACGACAUCGUAUUCCAUGGCUAUGAAAGGCUGAUAGAUGGCCUGGUUGGAUGGGUUAACAGUAGUAAUUUCAGGGUAAGCCUCAGCGGCUUGGAAAUACUACACCAAAUUGUGGAUCAAAUGGGAGAAAGGUUUAAGCACAGUCUGCUGCCUGUCGUUCCUGCUAUUAUAGAAAGGCUUGGAGACAGCAAACAACAGGUCCGCCAACAAGCCCAAGAAUUGAUUCAAAAGUUUAUGUACCCUGUGUCUACCCCACAACAUGUGCUAGAACAACUCAUUCCAGCAUUUAAUCAUAAGGCGUGGCGAGUCCGGGAAGAAGUGCUUGUUUGUAUUGUAAAUGCUAUUAAUAUAUUUGGUUCUUCCAGCCUGACUAUAUCUAAGUUUGUCCCUCAUAUCUGCAAGCUUCUGGGGGACCCCAAUAGUCAAGUUCGUGAGCGGGCUAUUGACACUCUAGUGGAGAUCUACCGGCAUGUUGGGGAGAAAGUCAGGAUAGACCUGAGCAAAAAGGGUAUUCCUUCCUCAAGAUUGUCCGUUAUCUAUGCAAAGUUUGACCAAGUGGCAAGAUCAGGCAACAUGGCUCUAAACGAAAAUGAUGGCCCCAGUAAGGUCAAUGGAGAAGUUGAAACAGAUGGGAGCAAGAUAUCGUCUGGCCCGUCCAGAGCCUCAUCUGGGAGGAAGACAUCAUCGGGGCGUAAGAUCAGUGGGACCAGAACACCUGGUGUUGGUAGCAAGGAAUCUGCGGCUGCUGGAGCUGUUGAUGAGGUUGACUUUGCUAAUGCCUUUCAAGAGUGUCCUGAAGCUAGGAUACAUUCUGGAAAAGAUUUAAAUGAUGAAAUGGCAAAGAUCCAGACCAUACUGUCAGAUGACAAGAAUGACUGGGAACAACGUGUGGCUGCAUUGAAGAAGGUCCGUAGCUUGGCGCUAGCAGGAGGCCUGGAGUAUGACAACUUCAUAUUGCUUAUUAGGCUGAUGGAAGGGGCAUUCAAAUUAUCGGCAAAAGAUCUGCGAUCAACCGUGAUUCGAGAAACCUGUGUAACCCUUGGUUUUCUUUCAACUGAGCUUAAGAAUCAGUUUGAUCACACAGCAGAAGCAGUGCUACCGGCAUUGAUCAACUUAAUUCCUAACAGUGCUAAGAUUAUGGCAACAUCAGGCAUAGCCUGUAUUAGCAUUAUACUAAAGAACACACAUGCACGCCGUCUAGUGCCUAUCAUCACAAGUAACCUCUCCUCCAAAUCAAGCGUUAUAAGAAGGCAAUGCAUGACCUAUCUUGUUCUCAUUUUGGAAAAAUGGGAAACACAGAGUCUGAAAUCGAAUGUGUCUGAGAUCGAGGAAGCCAUUCGGAAGGGGAUAUCUGACGCGGAUUCCGAGGCCAGGGCCUCUGCGCGCCGAGCUUUCUGGGUCUUCCAUGACCACUUCAGGGACAAGGCUGAAAGUUUGCUCAAGUCUUUAGACGCCUCGAAACAAAAGCAGCUAGAGAAUGAUCGGAAUGGUGGCGGUGCAAGUACGAGAAAGACAAGCACUAAUAGGGCGCCCGUCAGGCAGGCAAAGUCGGCCAGUACUGCACGGUCAAGGACACCGAGCACCCAGAGCUAUCACAGCGAGGACGGCAGCUCCAGUCGUUACGGAGUGCCUUCCCGACAGACAGUGGGGGCUGCUAGCGGCGCCUCACGAACCAAUCACAGUCAAGGUUCCCGCCAUGCUGUCGCAUCUCGAGCACAAACCAACUCGUCGGGAUACCUGUCUCCCAUGGGCUACGGCCGGUCACUUAGCAACAUCGACAGUCGCGCCGCUGAGCGAGCCAACAUGCGUGCCAAAGCACGGGCAGCGGCUGCCGCCAGGGCUCCCUCGCCCCAGUCUCGCUCCAGCAGGUCUACCUUUGCUAGCCGCGGAUACGUCUCUCAACCAACCAGUCGAUCACAUUCUCCGGAGAGAUUGCUCGCGACUUUCCCGCCAAAAGAGAGAACAGAAGCGUACGUGCACGGGGUGAGCCCGACCAAGACUCGCAUUCCGACCCCCAGCUUUCGCCUGAAUCGUCACUCUAGCUACGAGUUUCUCCCUCCUUCCUCUCCGGUAGACCUCUGCCGCUAUUCUACUACCACGCCCUCGUCUCCGCGCCUUCGGUCACGCAAUAUAUCUCGCCCCAGCUCGCGUACAAGUUCUCGGUCCAGUUCCCGCGGUCCCAGCCGUGACCCGAGUCCAGAGACGUUACGGAGGGAGAGGAGAUUGAGCGAAGGCAAGGGAUAUUCACCGACCAGCUUACCAAUGCUGAAGCGAACCACGCACCUUCACAAUCCACCAUUAUCGCGAUCUCAUCAGCAGUCCUCGAUAGAUGACGACGACCCUUCGCUGACAGAGGCAGCCCUCUGGGACUCCUGGUCCCGCAGUAGUCCCGUCAGACGCAAGUACUCAUUCGGCUCCAGCUCCCAGUGCUCCGACGAUGACAACGACAGUGACGCGGGUAGCCUGUGCUCGGACAGAUCGAUGGGGUCGCGGGGCAACCGCACUCUUGGCCGAGCAGAACCUGGAAAUGAGGUAGCUGAAAUAGUCCGCCUCUGCCACAAUAACAACUCGUCCACGGAUCGAAGAGAUGGUAUUAGCGGUCUGCUGGCAUUCCUCAAGAGCUCACGCGUUAUGAGUGACGUAGAGCUGAGCAAGAUAAAGGACUGUCUCACAAGGUUAUUCUGUGACCCUAAUAACAAGGUGUAUAGCGCGUUCCUGGACGCCCUCUGUGAGUUCAUCGUGGUUCACAAGGUGGAUUUAAAUGACUGGUUAUUCGUAUUGCUGUCUCGUCUACUCAUCAAGCUGGGUACCGACAUCCUCGGCUCCAUGCAGUCCAAAAUUGUCAGGGUCCUUGAUGUCAUCAGGGACUCAUUCCCGUACGAUCUUCAGUUCAGCAUCCUAACGCGUUUCAUCACGGACCAGACACAGACGCCAAACCUCAAGGUGAAGAUUGCCGUCCUUCAGUACCUUCAGGGCCUGAUCUCCCUUAUGGAUCCCAGCGACUUCACAAAUUCUGGAGAAACUCGCCUGGCCGUGUCGCGGAUCAUCUCGUGGACCACAGAGCCCAAGAGUGCCGAUGUGCGCAAGGAGUCCGCGGCCGUGAUCGUUGCGCUGUUCGAGUUGAAUACACCAGAGUUCAGUAUGAUGUUGUCCGUUCUUCCAAAGUCAUUCCAGGACGGCGCAACUAAACUGCUUCACAGUCAUCUAAAAAGCUCUACACAGUCGCCCGAGGCUGCUCCAUCGUCUCGCGGUUCCACAAGCAGUCAGGGCUACAGCACAGCAUACGACGAGACCGACAACGCCUCCACCACCUCGGAGCGCCCCAAGCUACGCCUGGGGUACCGCAGCAUGUCUUCCAGCUCCCUAAAAGCCGAGUCUGGCAAGGCAGAGCAUCCUGACGAGGAGACCGCCGCAGUACACAGCCCCGAGAUUAGACACACCCUGGAUCACCACUCCAAGAUCCCCACGCAUCGCGCGACCGCGCAGAGCCCGCGAGGGCAGACUAAGGUCGGCGUGAGCCCACGAGGACAUCUGCACCGCGAUAACAGUGGCGAGGGCGAGGGCUCGACGGACUCCCUUGACAGCAGGCAUGGAUCCCCAUUCGGCUUGCGCUCCCAUGGCUCGCAGCACGAGGACGCGCCUAGCGUAUCAUCUGGGUAUAACAGCGAUGAUGUGGGUGCCGGUGUAGCCGAGGGCGCGUCUGCACCUCGCGCCACUGUGCAUGAGUACGACCCCAAGCAGUACCAGGACUCGCAGAACGACUUCCACCCGAUGCCCGAGUUGAACGGAUUCCCCACAGGAAGACGAAAGAAAGACAGUGAAACUCUGGACGAGCUAGACCGCUCGCUAGAAGGCAUGGAGGCGGCCGAGGAUCAGAUAGGCCAGGAACCCGAGAAUGGCGAGAGCGCCCUGGCUCCUAUCCUGAGCCCGCUGUCUGAUCCAUCAAGCGACCGCAUGGAUGAAAAGCGCGGUUCCUUGGUGGACCUAUUGCGCAUGAUCAGAGAGGAAAUCCCCGCCCUUUGGGCUGCCUUCCCAAAAGUCUUUUCGGCGCUGAUAAGAUCCAUCGAUGAUGUCCAGCCUUCCAUCCGGUCCCUUGCGAUCCGAGUGCUCAAGGACAUGGUGCGUGCGCAGCCUCACACCUUCCAUGACGUCAUAGGGACCACUGUCAGCAAAGUACUGCAGGCGCAUAAAGAUCCACAGAAAGAGGUGGUUCGCCUUGCGGAGGAAGCCGCUGCUACCAUAGCGCGGUCUGUGGCCCCUGAGGACUGCAUGCGUGUUCUGGGACCCAUCAUCAAUGAUUCAGAGUUCCCCGUCAGCCUAGCGGCACUCAAGAUGCUCACCAAGGUGGUGGAAGGCGUGGAUAGCGUGACUAUCGAGGAGCAUCUCCCGGAUCUCAUUCCUGGACUUGUCAAGUGCUAUGAUCACGUCGAGAGCAGCGUUCGUAAAGCUAGCGUAUUCAGUCUAGUUGCGCUCCACGCGAUCGUGGGAGAGGAAGUCCUUUUACCACACCUGGCAGAACUCUCUGGCACUAAGAUGAAGUUGCUCAACCUUUACAUCAAAAGAUCCCAGGCGUCUAGCGGUGGAAAUCACUCGUGACCGAAACAGAUGAGUUGGCACUCGUGCCUGGCAAGACCAAGAACGCGAAAGGCGCGUCAUGAACAAGGUUUACCUACGGAAACAUCAUCUACAUGGGAUAUCAUUACCUGUGACUAUUUUCCAUGAACAAUUCCGCGGCAAGGCAGCAAGAAAAUUACCUUGCAUUUGUCAAUAUCUUGACAUUGGUAACUAGGCGAAACAAGCCUGGUAACCUGGCGAAUCCAGCUUUGGAACCAGGUGACGCGAGCCCUGUAGUCGGGCAAACAUAGCCUUGUAACCUGCCAAAACUAGCUUUGUAACCAGGCAACACACGCCUUGUUACCGGGAAACACAAACCUUGUAAACUGGUCGACUAGCGACGUUAGUCAACAACGUAGCUCAAGUGUUGAGAUCUGGCGACUAACAAACGAGACAUUAGCUUUGGGGGCAAAGCAUCAAAAUGGCACACAAGCUUCUUCAGAGUAAAGUACACACCGCUGGCAAAUAUCUACUAGUCUGGUACAAACCUGUUGUUUAUUUUACAACUUGAACUUUCCCUUAGUAUCAGGGUAUUGAAUAAUAAGCAUUGUUGACCUUGCAGAUAGCGCAGAUAUAGUUGCGCCCAUUAUUCAGUUAUUUCGAGGCCUUGAAAGCAGAAAGAAAGUAAAGAAACCACUAGACAUCCUUAUAGAAACCUUGGAUAUUUUAUAAAGUAAGUAUUAGUGUAGAAAUAUCACUAGCUAUCGAAAAUAUUCUAUUUAAGAAGUACCAUGCUCGGGAAUCCAGAGCCUGCCCUCGCCUGGGUUGGCGAGCAUGUUGGAACGCCGGAUUUAUUUCCUGUAAAUGACUAUAGAACCUUCAUGAUUUGUGUUGUUAUUGGGAGUAAGAUGCAAGAGAUGUAAAUUAAUCUUAGAAAUAAUAAAAGCAAUGAAUGAAAAUUCAUGCUAUGUAUACUAGA